AUGCCGAACAUUCAAGGCAAGUAUGCCGAAGCAAUUUCUUGGAGACAAGGUGCAGCUGUCAAAAAUUUGGACCUGUUCUGCAAAGGCAUGAAACCACCAUUGCCAUGCGGUAGAAUAGAGGUAGCUCUGGCGCGUAGUGUUACGCGACAACUGCGGAACUACUCAAGAACAUGCCAGUUUCGACGGUAUCAGCAUACUAGUCCCAGCGGCCACCGCUUUCCUCGAGUUGCACAAUCUUCUAUCUGGCAUUCGAUCAUUCCAAAAGCCCUGCGCAGUCGGCCUUCCACUUCUGAUCAACCUGCAACGAAGAAGCCUCCAAACCCUGCCACUUAUUUCAUAUGGAUCUAUCUCCUGAUCGGAUCGCAGGCGAUGCGGAUUAUGGGCGUCAAGAAUGAAUACACGGCUUUUAUCCGGAAAGCAGACCGCAAAGUUGCGCAGCUGAGAGAGGUGGUGGAGAAGCUCCAGCGAGGGGAGGAGGUGGAUGUAGAGAAGAUACUCGGGACUGGAGACGAAACACAAGAGCGGGAAUGGGAAGAAGCCCUCAAAGAGUUGGAGGAAGAAGACCGGAUCUGGCAGAGCAAUAAGAAGAAGAGUCGAGAGGAACAGGAGCGUCUGGCGAGAGAGGAGCAAGAUGCAACUCCUGUGAAUGAUUCGAUGGACAAAAUACAACCGAUCAGCUUAGGAUCCGUACCGACGCAGCCCAACCCCCAUCCGAGUCCGGGAUUCUACUGA